GGUUCCUUUGGUUCAAAUUCUGAAGACAAGUUAUGGGUUCGUCCAGAAGCCAUAGUCUACAUCACGCCAGUGGGCGUGAUGAGACUACGAUUGAUCACAAUGCGGCGUAUGAACGCAUUGUUGGGAGAGUUCGGGACGAUCCUUUGUUAACGGAAAUGGCUCCUUCGGAGGCGGAUUAUGAAAAAUUGGCGUCUUAUAUGACGUCGAUGAGUUUUUUAGGAUUCAUUCCUGAGCAUCGUGAACGAUGCAGCAAAAGGGUGAAGAGUUUACUCGGUUGUAUCGAAUUGUUUCGGUUGCGUUUGCGCAGGCGCGAAUAUGCCGAUGGCGGCGAGUGAGAAGUGUAGCGGAGUCGGAGAGGACUGAGUCUGAGAAGAAGUUUUACAGGCAACUUGUGUCUAAGUUUGGAUGUGAGGCCGAUGUUUUGGAAGGUAUUUCCAAAGGUCUUGAUUUACUAGAGACGCACGGUUACACGUGGUAGGGCAUUUUAUGGAGAUUUUGUAUGUAAUGGGUUGGUAAAACAGGGAAAGGGGGAGCUCGCUCUGGAGGCAACACGACUGACCCCGACAAGCACGUGGCCAGAAUAUCUCUAAAAUUAGAAUUCCUUACAUUACACACCCAGUACGCUUUGUAUGUAAUGGGUUAUACAAAACAAUCCUUAAUAAGCAAAGCAGGUACCCCAAGAACCCCAGGUGUUG